AUUUUGACAUUACGUCCAUUUUGAAAAGUGAAAUCCAACAACAAUUCGAUGCGGUGCAUUAACUUGUUUUGACAGUUUUUUUUUUUGUUAUUAAAUUGCUGUGGUGAGAAUUUUAGAUUUGAUUUUAGCUGUCAAAUGAAGCAUUUGUUGUUUUGUUAAUUUGUUGAAAAAUGCAGGAUCCAAAUGAAGAUUCCGAAUGGAAUGAUGUCUUCCGGGCAAAAGGUAUCCUUCCACCCAUGUCCGAGAAUGCCUUUGAGAAGCGAACUGGUGGUGACAAGCAGAAAAAUAUCGAAGACAUGAACAUGGACGAAUCUGAAGACUCCCAAGACGAAAGUGUUCGCGAGGAAUAUCUUCACAAACGAUUGGCAUAUAUGCAAGCAUUCGCAGACAAGGUUCUUUUCGGUUCAGUAUGGGCAAUUUUCGGAAAAGAUUACGUCAACGAAGUGACCAAAGCUGGAGAAGGUAUCUGGGUUGUGUUGCAUUUGUACACAAACGGUGUGCCGCUCUGUUCGGUCAUACACCACCAUAUGCAACAGUUCCUGCGGUCGAUAGCCACCACCUGCAUCCCAAAUUUAACAGAGAAGCAUCUGCCAACAAUGUUUAUCUAUUUUGAAGGCCAAAUGAGAAAGCAAUUCAUUGGUGCCUUGGAGCUUCGUGGUUAAAAAUUGACCACCAAUGAAUUGGAGUUCAUGUUCGGUCAGUGUAGUUCAAUUCCAACGGAAAGCAAGGAAGAUUCCAAGCAACAAACUCGUGG